AUGUUUUUCCAUUUGUCUCUGGAUCACGAAGUUUGCCUCCAUCCAAAAUAUUUCGGACCGAAUCUUAACGAGACAAUUAAAAUGAAAUUGUUUCAUGAGGUAGAAGGCACUUGCACUGGUAAAUAUGGAUUCGUUAUUGCUGUGACUACAAUCGACACAAUUGGUCACGGUAUCAUUCAACCUGGUCGUGGCUUUGUGAUCUAUCCUGUCAGAUACAAGGCCAUCGUAUUCAGACCGUUUAAGGGGCAGGUCGUUGACGGUGUCGUUUCUCAGGUAAACAAAGUUGGUAUAUUCUGUGACAUCGGACCUUUGUCCUGUUUUAUUAGUCGUCAUUGUAUUCCACCAGAUAUGGAAUUCGACCCGAAUGCAGAAAAACCAUGUUAUAAGACGAAUGACGACUCUGUGGUGAUUCGCAACGACGACGAAAUUAGAGUUAAAUUAAUCGGAACACGCGUCGAUGCCAACGAUAUUUUUGCGAUUGGUACACUUAUGGACGAUUUCCUCGGAUUGUGUCCUGCUGAAUAG